CUUUGAUCUUGAUUGAUGAGAUUGACGAGGACCUUUGUCUUGUGAUUUUACGGGCCCUUGUUUAUAACUCGGGGUCUUACGAAUACGACUUGUGUGUUCUUUUCGUUAACGAAGCUGCAGUCGUAAUUAUUCGACAUCGACAAGACCAAGAGGACUCGGCUGGUUCCACAAACAGCAAAAGGUCGCCAAAACCAACGAGAGAGCCACCCCGGUGGAAGCUGUCGAGUAUAUUCCCGCCAUUAUCGUUACCCAUCCACUUCGAAGAGAAGGAGCUCAGAAAUCGCCUUCAUCAUGAUGGUUAACCCUCGUAGCAACGUCGUUCUUGAGGUCGUAGUAAAAGCUCGCUCUGUCGCACUUGCAGUUAAACUUUAACCUUUAACUUUAAAAGUUAUAUUAUAUAUGAUCCAGGGCCGCACGCCCCCCCCCCGUCACUCCCCGCUAGGGGGGGGGAGCGUCGCCCCGCGCCCUGGAACAUAUACAGAAGCAGUUUUUCCAAAUCGCUUCCGUUUGAGUCGCAAUUAAUGCAGCUGCACGCAGUUGCUCCUUCAAAAAAUCGAAAUUUGAAUCACUUUUCAAUUUGGGUAUGAUUGAGCAAGUGUCAACGGACCUUCGCAUCAACUUGAAGAUCUUCAUCUUUCAUAGGUGCUAUCGAUUCUCUGUGGACUGAUGGUGUACUUUCUUAUAAAUAUAAUGAGUAUAAUUGUUCGUAAAAGUAAGUAGUAGAAGAAGACUUGUCUCAACAUAGCAAGUGAGUUCAAGUUCAUCUUGACACAUCAUAAAACCCGUGGAGGUCGUGAGUGGGUACGUCAUUCACACACGCACCAUUCUCUUCAAGAUACAAAUCAUAAACAUUACGAAAGAUGGGCAACGCACCACAACAAUUUCCAGUAUCAGCAGCAAAAAUACACGACCUUGCAGCUGUUGGUGCCGGUUUUGGUAGUGUUGGUAAAGCAGUUCUCAAGGAGAUCGCUGCCGAAGUGUACAGAUACACUGGAGACGAAAGAGCAUGGACCCUUUUCGAAGACUGGUGGAACGGAGUUUAUGAAAGGGCGAAAACUCAAGUUUGGUAACUGCUAGAUGUAACUGAGCUGAAGUUGUAAAGGUCUGUCCACCAUGAAUGUGAAUGAGAGCCUCACUGUUUUUUUACUCAGACCAGCCUACUUACUUUUUUGGAAUAUGGUGCACAAGUGAGUCAUUCACAUACACACUCAGCACAUCACUCACAAAUGAAAUUCGAGGAGCUUGCUUAUCCAUAAAAAGCAGCAUUGUUGUUUUUGCGAGAUUCUCUUAUCCAGUGCUUCGUUCCUACGCCAAAUGAAAUGCAUUUGAAUUUUUAUUUGUUUGUAAAUUCGUCCACCGGCAACGGCAACCUGUGCCAUGAUUUAUUGCGAGACCCAAUUUCAAUUCCAAACAUUUCGAUGAUAUUGCUUUUUUAGACCACCCUAUUUCCGUUUCGUCGUCGUCUUCUUCUAGAUGUGACCUCUAAUGAUCCCCACCACAAACGGCUAUGGAGGCUGCCACAAAAAUGGACGAGUACUUGCAGUUGGAUAGCCAGAGACAGGAAGAACCAGAAAGGAUUAAAGGGUCAAAUGUAUAUGUGCAUACAGAUUUUGUCAGCGAAGACGAUUGCGGAAAUCAAGUACGUGUGGUCCUGGUCUACAAAGGAGAUAACAGCAGCGACAAUGACCAGCUAGAGCAUAAAGCUGAAAGCGACGACGAGGAGCAUACAGAAGAUGGCAGCUACGACUUUAAUAUAAUAAGGUUCUAAUUCCAUUGUUAUCAAUAAUUCACGCUCUAAUAUUUUUUUUGGAAUGGGAUUCGCAACAAUUUGAAUUUCAUGUUCAGCAAAACAUUUUUGAAAUACCCACAAGCAACUGCGGGAAAAUUAAUCAUGCGCAACAUUGCUAUCGAAUGGCACUACCAUCGACCACGACACUCACAGGCGCGCCCAGUUUUUUGCCGUUUCAUUUUCGGGUAUGCUGGAAAACAAUGCCUACACGGUACGACGUUUUGUUUUUCCAACUAAGACAUAUCUCAACAAUUUCCUUACGUUUGGAGGGGCAAAGGACGAAAAUGAUAAAUAUGUCAUGGGACGGAUUGCGCAAGUACUCGAAAACGCAGAUCAUGAACUGGAGCAUCACAAAAUCGUCGGACAACAAGAGCACUCAAGAUUCACCAAGUGCGAAGGGGUGCUCAUAUUUCUUUUUUUAUCUGACAACAUCCACAAGCACUGGCACAAUGUUAAUUUUUGUACGACACCAACACCAACUUGAUGAGAAGUAUCGAGAAUGAGCUUAUCUCAAUUCAGCCAGCGAGCAAGAACAACGUCGUGUGAGUGUUUUUCCAAAGAUUAUAGAACAGGAAGCACCCCUACCCCAUCCUUCGAGUUUAAUAUCCAAGCCCAGAAUAAAUUGAAAAUAUAUAAACAGGGCUUCUCGACGCCUUAUCAUGCACUGGAGAGUGCUGGGCGUAUGUUAUAUGCUCUUCCUGGCCCCAAGGCGAUAGCCGGCGUUCUACACUACGGAAGAUUUCACCAAGAUGCGGCGACUGAAGGGCGUGAAGUUGCUCCACGGGGCAGACCCUAUCUGAUUUAUGGCUACAUUUCAGUUAGAUUAGGUUUAGGUUUUUUAAGUAAAGUAAAAGUUUUGAUCUUCCGGUUCCGGCUCAUCGUAAUCUUCGAACUGGGCCUCGUACUGGAGGUAAUAGAAUUAACGCACUUUUCAGGCGAGCACAGUAAACGGCUAGCUACCAUACGUCGACGUUUACACAUUCAUUAUUUAUUUACGCGUUUAUACACAGGUUUUGGUAAUCAUCCUGACCGCUAAUGACCUAAAAAAGAGGCUGCGAAGCAGAUUGCGAAAAACAUGAAAGAUCUGCUCAAGCUUGAUCUUGAUGAUGAAAACCUCCCUGCGAUGAGCAACAUCCCGCAGGGCGUAUUAAUCGACCACAAUGAUCGAGCAAGAACAUUGCGAACAACCUUCAAGCAGGUCACGUCUGUAAGCUGUUCUGGUGGCGAUGGCAUUGGCGGCGUCCGUCACCGUCUCCGCGUGGUCACAGUGCAGCACUCGAUUGAGAGCGCGUCCUCCGUGGCCACUAGGUAUAUAAGUAUAUAUAAGUAGCUUCGCGUCGGAUGUCUCCACCUCCUCCUCCACCCCCAGUGCGAUAGGAUUAUAUAUAUUAUAAUGCUAUCCAAGAAACCGGGUUGGUUCGUCUCUUGGGCGGCCCCUUCCUGAUAACAGCACAACCACGGGGAAAAAACAGAAAUAAGAGAAAACAAAAAAUAAAGCGGCUGAGUCCUAAAGUUGCAAAAGUGGAGGCCUAUCCCUAUGAGAGUUAAGCCCUUGCUGAAAGUUUCUGAAAGUUCAGCUCACGCGUUUUCUCUCACUCGAUAGCAGGCGACUCCUGUGGGGCGUGCUUGUCUUCGUUCGUGAUCCGCUGGCGGGUGGCUGGGGGUUGUGAAUUCCUUGAGCAGUUUUUCUUACUGGCUCCGCUUAGCUUAGCGCACGCGACUAGUUAGUCGGGGCACGCCAUCCAUCACGCGCGCGACCCGCCGACGGGUAGCCUCGGGCCCCUGCUUGUCCAAGGCGGGCCACGUGCCGGGCUUCUUUCUGCGUGUCAGGCAGGCUGGCAGGGAGUGGGGCCGCCUGUCUGCCAGAUACACCAAGCCAGCCCGCCGGGGAGAACGAACCAACAAACCCAGCCGACGUGCCGGGCGCUGCCAGUGACUCCAAUCCACCGAACGCGCGACCUGUCGAGCGACGCGCCCCCGGGUCGCUGCGUGUGUGGAUCGUUCCGCUUUCAUUCUCUUAUCUUGGUUGCCGCGCUUAGUUAUGCCUGGACGCGCAUCAUCUCACGCGGCCCACCGCGGACGUUUGUGCGCCUAUCAUAGGCAUGGGAUGCAUAGAGAACGCGCGCGCGCGUCUAACUAUGUGUGUGGCGCUUGGUUUUUAUCUCACAGGUGGCGCGCCUCUUUCUCUGCUUCUGUGUGUCGCUCUUGCUGCCGUAGAUUGACACACACGCAGGAAGCUUGUAGCCGUGGCAUGGGAUGGGUGUGCGCCGGUGGAUGCGCGUGGUUGUCUUGCAUGUUGUUACAGCAAGCGGCGCCCUCGCGGCGCUGGCUUCUAUCUAUGUGCGUAGCAAUCUGCGCCAUGGCAUGGCAUGCACUUGGGCACACCGAUACGCGCCCACGCCUUGGCCCAUAUCUGUAUACGCUGACUCGCUCGCCAGUCAGUGGCGCCCAUUUGUCGAAGGGUACUGCGUGAAUCACGCACAAGGCUCAGGAUUUUCCCAAAGUCCCUGCCGGAUAGCGUUAUCGGCCUGCACAAUCCUGCCCCCGGCGAACCUUUGAAAAAAAAGUGCUCAAAAACGAGACAAGAAAAAGGAGGGAAAAACAGGCCGCCGCUUUUUGCUGGUUAUUGAUUGUCGUUUGCUUCUGUUCGGGUUUUGUGCGUGGAACACAACAGCAUCACCUUCAAACUCCCAGGCUUCAACACCAUUGCAAUGGGCUCUCACGUCUCGCCUUCCUUCCCGUUUUGUUGAUCAGCAACUUUCGGCGGGUAGACGGUCGGAGAUUGGUUCGCGACAUCUCUAACCUUCGCCAGGAAUGUUAGAACGUCGCGAGUCGUGAAGUGCAUCCCUUCCAGCGCUUUACUAACAGAGAUUCGCUGCUCUGUGCGGUCAUUUUGACUGAAACCAGCGUCACGGAGAUUCGUUACCACUUCGCCAGCGUUCAUUGCAGUGGUAUCCUGGUCCUUCAUAUGUGCUUCGGCUGCACCUUUGAGCGACUUGGUGAUCACGCUCUUCAAAUCUCGCCAAUUCUGCUGGAGCUUGCGGUCGUUGUUGUUGGGUUGGUUCGGAACCCCUGCCGCAUUGCCGUUCAGCACGUUGCUGAGAUAUUGGACUAGGUCCAGGCGUCUGCUUCUUGCGUUACCGCUCGAAGCCAGUCACGCCAGUCAGAUCAUUUCUGCCCCAGUUUGGGUGAAAUCUCUCCAAGACUCAUAUCAGGCAUUUUGUGGCGCAAAUGGUGCGACUUUGUUUUCUUUACUUCUACAAUGAAUUGACUAGCAAUUUCUUGAGUAAGGUAAGGCUCAAGGGCUUGGAAUAGUGCUGGAACACCCGAACACGUCCAAGCGCACUACGAAGCUCUUGAGAGCAAAUGGAAUCACUAGAGUUGCAAUGUAACAGAAAGACGAUCAGAACGGACGCGCCGAAUGGUCGCUGACUGUUUAAGGCCCUGAAAUGGUAUCGAAAUGGGUUCAAUGUCAAUGGGAUAUCAUGGAGGGUCAUAGUGCAGCUAAAGAUCUGGGAGAUCUUGCUGCCCAUUCAUGUUGGAACUCAUUGAGUUCAGACGAUGAUCACGCGAGGAACUAACAAGAGUUCAAGACAAGGAACGGCAUUGAUCAUGAUCAAGUUGACGAGUGAGAGCAGUCGUCUGGCAUUGAAAUCAGGCCCAUUCGUUGGAUCUUGAGCCAGUAACGACCAUUGGCCAACACUCAAUAACUAUUCAAUAGUUAUUGAGUGGCUAUUGAGUUGAGUCAUAAGGCAGCUAUUCUCUUUAAAGUUUUAAUUAUUGGCUUCACUUUAACACAGUCUAAAGGUCUAGGAAAAAGCAGGAGGCUGCUAGAGACUAUGCUUGGAGAGCUACCAGUGAAUGCAUUGCCUCACACUUGACAUUGGCGCUGGCUCCUGCGGGGGUCGUGUUGUGGAUUAUGCACAAGUGCUCGAUCGCUUCGUCUCAAAAUGCUACUCCUUCAAUAUUCGGGCCACAUUUUAUCAGGCUCCUGCAAGUCGCUGACUUGUAAACUAUGGCGCCUAUCUUGCCUCUGUCGUACUCGUGAAGCCUUUCGGCUCUCUCAUACGAGUGCUCCGCUGGUAGGCUAGUUCGUUGCACAGACCUACCAGCAGAAUAGUUAUCAUCCCUUGCAUGACUGCGCCCUCUGUUGUCGCCUCAGUCACUGUUAUGCAAGGACAGCGGAGGCGUUCGCCGUAACUGAUUGGGGUGAUGACUAGUGCUGGAGUCGGUAUUUUCGCUUUUCGUAUUCUCGUGUUUCGUGGGGGCCGCGCAUCCUACACGCGGCACACGUGUUGGCCACGCGUGUAGAUCGUUUUCGCUAUCGUUUUCGCUUUCACUUUCGCUAUCGUUUAUCGCUUUCAAGUAUCGCUAUCGGUUACUCGUUCUAUUUUCGAAAAUUUUUCCCGCCCACCUCUCCCUUUCUUUCGGUCUUUCAGCACCUCGCCUCCAGCGGAACACUCACUCUUUCUGCCUUUGUCGUACUCGUGAAGGCUUUCGGCUCUCUCAUGCGAGUGCUCCGCUGGUAGGCUAGUUUGUUGCACAGACCUACCAGCAAAAUAGUUGUCAUCCCUUGCAUGGCUGCGCCGGCCUUCUGUUGUCGCCUCAAUUUCUGAUGGCUGUGGCGGCCCAUUUUGGUCUGCCACUCUUGGCAUAUAUCGACGACCAAAACUACUUCGGUACCGACAUGGCACAGAUCGGCGCGGCGAAGCGGUUCGUGCACCAACUAGCGCGGGCGCUAGGCUUGGAGCUAUCUGAUAAACCGAAGGCAGGCCAGUCCUCGGCUGUGGCUGGCCGCGUCCGGGCACUGGGCCUAAUAUAUAGCUAUGAGAGAGCGGCGCGCACUGGGCGCGCCACCCUAUGGGUCACGCUACCACAGGAAUGCACUGACUGACAAGACGGCUGAGGCGCUGGAGGCCAUCCUGAAAGCCCUGCAGGCGAAAGAGCUACCAUAGAGACAAGACAAUCCAAAAGGCAGUAGGACUGUGUACCUUUGCGACGCAAGAACACGUCCGCCACUAAAUGGGUACUGAGGCGCUGAGGCCGCUCUACAAAUGGCGCGAUGAGGCGACGCCUGGCUGCCUCAUACGGAAGAAACUUGAACGCCGGGCAUUGAGGCGCCGCAUUGAGAUCGUAAGAGCAAUAAUGCCCCGCCUACCGGCGAUGGCCUACGGGCCGGGACACCCUGCCCCGCUACAGGCCUCACUCUGCUGGGCUGACGCGUCUACGGAUGGGGGUAAGGACAGCACUCUUUGUCUUGGUGGUUUCAUUAUAAUGCCCGAUGGCAAGCGCCGGGGUUUUAUGAUGGACAUAAAUGAGGCUGAACGGAAAAAACAGCUCCUCGGGCUGGAGCCUCGGACUGAGAUCCUGGAAGCCCUCGUGACUUACAUUGCGGCAAGGCUUUGGGCCAGGCCUAGCCUGUUUACCGACUUUUCGAUCGAUAACAUCGCCCACCUCUAUGCUGCGGCGAAGAUGGCAGCCAAGUCAAGCUUCUUGAUGGAUGUGGUCUCGAGCGCGACACUGUUGCGCUGUGAGAGACUGACACAGGCAUACUACAAAUAUGAGAGCACGAAGCUCAACAUUGCCGACGCCUUCUCACGAAGAGAAUUCGCGCUACUAGCCAGAAUGCUAGUAGAUGACUGGGGAGAUGGCACCCCCUCCAACUGGUGGAGAGUGAGCGAAGCACUGGCGGCAAACUGCUACGCUAAGUCUUGACUUUGGAGGUUUCUCGUCGCUUUGAGGUGCACAACUAGACAAGCCGCGUGGCGCAUCCAUAGUCUACCCGAGGCUACGCGACAUGUCGCAGAGGCCCAAAACGCGGUAGCGUGUCAGUGUCGGCUGGGUCCUAUCUUUGCUCUUCUACGCCCAGCUGCUGCUGACUUUACUUGCCCGGUGAGGGCUGUUGACCGUGUGCGUGGCUGGUGCUGGUCGCGCCUCGGGUGAUUGGAGGAGCUAGGGCGCUCGGGGGACACCACGCACUGGCUAGGGCGUAUGCCUUGGGCAUUGGGGGCUUGCGAAUGAAUGUUCUAGGGCUGGGACUUGCGGGCACCGCACUGAGCCCCAGCAAUAUUCUGAGGUAGACUGCCAGAAUGUCGGAACGCUUUAAAACGACUGAAACCUCUAAAACUUUGAGCCGGGAAUUGGGGCGUACAUUACUGAUUCUCUUCUUUUCCACAGUCAAACCGCCAAGGCCUCGACCUCCCUGCGCAGGUGCAAAGAGGUGGCCCGCGCUGACUGGGAAGCUGCUGCCAAACUAUGGGGCGCACGCUCGCGGAAGAGACUAGGCGCGGCCCGCAUGUGCUUGCUUAUGAUCUUGCCAACCUGUGAAAGCAAGGGAAAGAGUAAGAGGAAACGCUUGCCCGCCGGAGGGGUUUGAUUUCGCUGAUGUUGCUACUGAAGCUGGCUGCUUGGGGGAGGUCGUGAGACCCCGCUAUCUCUGCUUGGGGGGGUCUUCUCCUUUAGGAUUUCUCUUCAAAGCGUUGGAGCCCACCGCGCUGAUGUGAAAGAUGGCCGCGGAGUCUUCGUUGAAAGUUGCUGGGGUUCGGGCUGGCCUUCGUUGUCUCUGUGUUUGUAAGGGUGAAGAAUGGAGGUGCUGGCGCACCCUCGGGCGCUUCUAGUUUGUGCUGUGUUUCUCUUCAGGGUGGGCAGCUCUGGGCAAGGCGACGGACCUGAAGCAGGGCCGCAAAAGUUCUACUUUUUAACUUUUUGAAAAAUUUUGGCCUAUGGUUGGAGGCCACCGCGUCGGUGCGAAAGAUGGCCGCGAGAUCUUCGCGAGAGGUUGCCUGGGCUGGUCUUCGUUGUCUCUCUUGUGUUUUCAAGGAUGGAAAAGGCGCCGGCGCGGCCUCGGGUGCUUUGUCUUUGUGUUGUGUUUCUCUGUUGUUAACAGCCCCGGCUCCAGGUGGGUGCGGACCGCACCGCCCACACGUCAUUGGCAUCGGCGCCGCCUGGAAUACAGCCGCGGCACGCCUGUGCAAGCUCCUCGGGGUGUAGAGAACUUGGGUUGAGGACAGGGGAGACGCAGGCGGGGAAGCAGUGGCUGGCAAAGCGGGGCGGCGUUGGCCAUUUUUCUGCGCUUGAACGCCUGGGGUGGCUCUUCGGUAUUUUUACUAUCUGAAGGGUUUGCGAAGUAAGGCACGCGCGUGGCGAAUUUCCAACAUUGUAAAACUUUGCAAACUUUCCGCGAACAUUCUGCGAAGGUUCUGCGGCUUUCGUCUUCCAUGUCUUUCGGAUGAGGGCACGGAAAUGGACCGCCAAGAGCAAACUCGCAACAAUUUGCAGCGGGACCGCAUAGAUAAGGCUCCGCGAUUCUCGUCUCUGGUUUUUGUGGUUUCUCUGUUCCUCUCUCCAGGCUUGGGAGGCCUCUGGCGUUGUGCAUUCGUUUGAGAAUUUGGCGCGUGGCUGCGCCGCGGCCUGGUUCGUCGGCUUGUGGUGCUCUCGGCGCAGUGGCUGGCCUGUUCGUGUGUGGGUUGUGUCGGUUCUGUUUUCGGUUUCGGCGCUCUUGUUGGUUUCUUGUUAAUGAGACAAGGACGAGGGCCGCGCGCGUGAGCGUCGGCAACUUUCCGCCAAUAUUUUCCGCCACCCAUCGGGGACCCGGGCGCGGUGGUCUCCAACUAUCUAUGGGGACACGCUGCUGCUACGUACAAUGUGGCGAGCCAGUGAGGGCGUUUAGUCAUUGCGCUCCUUACAGUAAGUUGGUUCUUUGUCGUCUAGAGGCUUUGUAGAGGCACUGGGCUACAGGAUAGCGCCCUACUUCAUGAUCUUGGAACCUUUUGCGGCUUUAUUUCGCCCUUCCCUAAGUUCUGGGCGCCGCGCGUGGCGUCACGCUUCACGCGUGGCCCUGGGUCGUUGGCUAGCACUCCCGCAGCGCUUCUUCACAGUAUGAGCCAAUCAAACACCCGCACACAGCGCGUUGCUUCAGUAUGGCGUUCGCCUCGAAGGGGAUGGGCGUGGGCCUCCAAGGUUCGUUUUAGCCGAGGGCGAAGAAGGCCUCCGGUCUUUCAUUGAUGGUCGGAAUUGGGUAUGGGAUGACUACUCUAGGAAAUUGCUCAGAUUUUUCCUGGACAAGAGAGGACAACCACAAGCCGGCACAUGCUCGGAAAGUCUGCAGGUGCUUAGCCCCUUUCUUUCAUCGUUUGACCAGAAGAACAAGAAUGAGACCAGGAACACCUCCGGGAGUUUUUUCUUAUCACGCAUAAACUUCUUUAGAAGUAGAAAAGCCAUACUUUGUCUGUGACGUCACAUCUUCUGGCAACUUCUACUUCCAGAACUUCUUCGGCCACUUGAUUCCCAUUUAUUUCAGCUAAAUAAAAUAAUAUGUAGUUUUAUUUAGCCGACGAAGCAUUUUGAUUUUGUUCAAAGUGACAAAAUAAUUCGCAAAUCAGGUUCGCGAGCUGCACCCCUCCGCGGGACCUGUAGACAAUGGCUCAGACAGUGCAACGAGGAGCUCCUUCUUUGUUCAACCGGUAGACCUGAGGCCAGCUACUACCGUGCAUUCUGUGGCCAACAUCAGCUUCAAUGACCCAACGGCGAUGGUGUGCAGCCUGCUACUCGUCUUUAUGCUUGCCGUUUUCUGGAAGUUCCGGGUCAAGUUGUUUGGCUGGCUACGAAGCGGCGGCGCUCAUCUUAUGGAAAGGAACGAGCAUGAAUUGUGUUGCAUACGCAUCAUUCACCAUGAAGGCGAAGUGUAGCCUUGACAAUUGUAAUACGCAAUAAGCUGUAACUGAUGUAAGCACCCGAAUCUGAUGUAGCACUACUACAACUUCGCUCAGAAUUAUUGAACGAAAGAUGUUACGUUUCUUUUCCUAGUUAGCUUGGCUCCACCCGUAUUAAUAGAACUAGAUGAAGUACAAGGAGGGCAGCCAUUAGCGUUAGCCGCGAUCCCCGAACGAGAAAGACUCUGACUCAUCAUGAUUUCUCUCGUUGAUCUUGAAAAUAUGGCCCAUCCCAAUCGGGCCUCUUCUUUUCAUAUUACCACGGAACGCGGCAGAAACGGAGCCUGUUCGGCGUUCUUGCAGACAGCGUCUGGGGUAUCAAUGCGCGGCUAGGUACGGCGCGAUGGGUCAUGACAUUGAGACAGGCACGAUAGCAAGUGAGGCAACCAAUGCUGGCAGAAAUCAGAAAAAGCCACGUGAUGCGGAGCGCCCUUGUACUAGCAUGUUGGAUGACCACUGUGCGCCUGGAGGCACGCGUACAGCUAGCAGCGCGAGUGCGAGGGCCUCUGCUGAUGUCAACAGCGUCGAUAUGUGUGUCGUCAUAGAUGGUAGGAAGACUACGACAACGGGAACGGUGGCGGCUGCGUGCGGCUCAGAAGGAGAUGAUCCGAUCGACCGGCACUCGGCUACGCGGGGGUCCAAAUCGUCUUUCCCGGCGUCGAGUAUCAUCAACUACGAGCCGAGCAACUUAUUGGGGACGAGUCUGAAUGUAUUAAUGAUAGAAAUAAUUGUGUAUCUGUAAUUUUUCCAAUAUUACUUAUGCCAUAUAAUUCUUGCCUCGCCUUUUCAUUGUUCUUGUAUCGCUUUCGCUAGUUGUACGGAAAAUGAUGUAAGAAGUUGGAGGACGAGGAAAACCUUGGGAAAAUAAAAAUAGUAAAAAACCACAAAUACAAAACAGAAUGACAAAUCAUGAGGAAGCAUUGUUUUGACUUAUCACUUAAUCAGGUACCACUCGACAAGGCUAACAAGGAUGCGACUGAUGCGGGGAUUAUUGCUGCGAACAAGAAUCGCGGGAAGGGACCCCUGUCGUCUAUCCCGUCGUCUAUCUUCGAUAAGGAGCGAGGCAGUACCGCGGUGGGGAUGGGCUUACAGGUAAAUGCCUACAACUAAGAAUGAUGCUUAGUAGUUCAGGCUGUCUCUCUUAGCAUCGUAGUAGGCAUUUUUCAUGUAUUGCUAUUAGAGAAAUGAAGCACAGUAGAGAAACCUGGUCAGAAACUAAAAUGCUAGAAAGCCAUAUGACAAAUUGGCGACGCAUAGGAGUAGACUUUUCCGAAAUCUCACUUACUAAGGUUUCUCUCGACAAGGAUAAGGGCACGACUGGCGCGGGGCUUACUGCUGCGAGCAGCAAGCCCAAGCACGUGAGUGGGGCCGGUUCGUCUAUUCCGUCGUCGAUCUUCCAUGAGGAGCAGCACAACGCGUUGGGAAUGAGUGUACACAUAAAUCCCUACUAGGAAUGGUGCUUUGUCGACGUUCUCUCUGUCGACAUCGUGGUUCCCAUUUUGAUGAUUGUCUCAUUGAAAAAAUGAAUUUGAAUAGCCUCGUCUACAUAUGGUAAACAAGGUAUUGACCACGCAGUCGCAGAGGUGGAAAACACUUCGCGGCAACGUCGCUUAUCCACGAGAUGAGUAUGGCGAAGGGUCAGCAAAUGGCGAAAGCAGAUCAUAAAUGCGCAAGCGCAUAGAUUCUGGUCCUCCAAGUCACGAAAAAAGAAGUCAGAAAAAUACAAGCCAGAAGUGUGGUCUUAGAAUGUCUUUACUUCUGGUUUGGUGAUCAUGUGUCACAGAGAUGAGAAUGAACGAACUUGCGCCAUCACUUGGUCAUAGAUGCAUACCAUCAACUCAAACCUACUAUGCACAGAAUGCCAUGCCGAUAUCGUAUCUGUCGAGUUGCCGAGUGAUCAUCAUCUAGAUAAGUACGUAGUUUGUCUUGUAAGUACUUCUGAUACAAAAAAUGCUGUGCAGACAGAAUUUUCAGUCCCUAAUAUCCAUAGAACGUUACUAACUAUGCAUGUCUCUUAUAACAUGAAUAACUAUCAUGUAUGUCUUCCAUAUGUACAGCUUUUCAAGAGUCUCUCAUCUUACCUGUUGUGUAUAAAUAUAUUCAUACAGUCAUGACGAUGAUGCAGCUCCUAGAUGAUGGGGAAGCUCGUUAAGUUUCCAAGAACAAAACCAUACAGAACAAGCAUCAAGAUCAGAGCUCCAUCGUUUUAAUAAAUUUUUCUUUCAUGAGUAGCCUAGCAUACGAGAAUCCUAAGGCUCGGCAUCUGCUCAUACUGCAGCAGCGAAGGGAGUGGCAGGCUUCCUCUUUCUUCCUUUUCAAUAAUUGAAGAAACUGACGUAGUAACAUAUAAUGUAAUUGUAAAAAGACUGAUCAGUUUGCUUCGUCGACAUCUGUUCUUAACACCGCAGCCAGCAUGAGGAGCAUUCCAAUAAUUGCUAUCAUAUGAUUAUGAAUAUAUUUCGAUAUCGAUUGGAAGUGUAGUAUAGUUUUAUCAGCAUGUAACAGUAACUUAAUAGCUAUUGAAUUGUGAAAAAAGGUCAGAAGUCUGUAAAAUGAAAAUGUCGUGUGUGGCCGAACACUGCACUUCGCAAGUGUAAAGGCAAGUGUACAGCGAAAACCUGAGAAGGCGUUCACUCGUCGGUCAUUAGGAUGGAAUGAGCCUGAAAAUGCUCAUAUGUAUAUUGUCAACCAAAGCCACGCUGUGUCACAUUGUAACUGGAGGGCGAUCAACUUUUGACAUUAAACUUAAACAACAACUCGCGAAGAAAAGCUAAGUGUAGACCUGAUAGAACGACUUGUGUGAUGCAAG